AUGGACAAAAGAACCAGGAUAGGCAUAAUAGGAGACGAGGAAACACUUACAGGGUUCUUGAUAGCAGGAGUGGAAAAUGUUCAUGACAAUCCAAACCUUAUCCAAGUAACUCCAAGUACAACCGAAGACGAUUUAAAGAGAACCUUCUACACAUUGACAAGCAGAGAGGAUCUGGCUAUAAUUCUUGUUUGUGACUUUGCAGCCGAAAAAAUAAAAGAGGAGAUAAAUGGAUAUAAGGAAGUAAUCCCUGCAGUCUUGGUUAUUGCAUCGAAAAACAAGUAUGCCUAG